UCGCUAGCUUUAAUUAUUGCAGCAAUUGACCAGCUUAAGAAGGGGGCAGAGGUAAUGAUACUCUCGGCUGAGCUAAUGCGCGAUCGGAUCACUAGCCUUGAGAGAGCUAAUGCAGCAGUAACGAAGCGUAGGCAGCGUAAAAAAAAGCGAAUACAGAAGCAAGGAGUGCUAACAAAGGGAGCUGGAGAGGAUCUACUUGCUCAGCGUGAGGCUGAUUAG